GACAGAAUGGCGGAGUCUUUUAACCUCAGCGGCAACAACUUCAGCAGCUCCGACAGUGACAGAUUUAGCAGCCUGGAGGACAUCGAUGUUUCGGCGGAUGCCACCCCUGCGCUUAGGAUAAUGAUAUCCAUAGUGUAUUCAGUAGUGUGUGCUGUGGGUUUAGUAGGGAACUUGCUGGUCUUUUUCUUGAUGAAGGUGAGACAUGCAAGAAAGAAGUCAACCAUCAACUUCUUCAUCUUAAACCUGGCCGUAACUGACUUCCAGUUUGUCCUGACACUGCCGUUCUGGGCAGUGGACACUGCAAUGGACUUCAGCUGGCCGUUCGGGCAUGCAAUGUGUAAGAUUAUUCUCUCAGUAACUGUUAUGAAUAUGUACGCAAGCGUCUUCUUUCUGACUGCUAUGAGCAUAACGCGCUACUGGUCUGUUGCCUCUGCUCUGAAGGACCGAACUAGGCAUAAAACCUGCUCAGUAAAGUGGGUGAGCGCUCUUCUCUGGGUUCUCGCAACAGUGGCAACGGCACCAACACCUAUAUUCUCAACAGUAAGGACGGUCGCCGGAGAAAAACUCUGCUUACUCAAGUUUCCAGAUGGUCACUAUUGGCAUGCUCUAUAUCAUUUACAGAAAAUCUUGGUUGCUUUUGUUUUCCCAAUGCUGAUUGUAUCGAUUUGUUAUUUGUUGCUUCUCCGAUUCAUUCGCUUGCGAAGCAUGAACAACAAUCUCCCAAAACGAAGGUCUAGAGUUGCUAAAUCAGUCACCAUUGUGGUACUUUCCUUCUUCAUUUGCUGGAUGCCAAAUCAAGCAAUCACAUUUUGGGGUGUCCUCGUGAAAUUUAAUUUGGUUCACUGGGAUAAAACAUUCUACAUGGUGCAUACAUAUGUUUUCCCAGUGACCAUUUGUCUUGCGCAUGCAAAUAGCUGUUUGAACCCAGUUUUAUACUGCCUUAUGAGAAGAGAAUUCAGGAAAAUGUUAAAGGAUUUGUUCUGGCGGAUAUCUUCACCUGCGAUGUCCAACACCUACCAGAUACGCCCGUUCUCUGCGACCACAAAAGCAGAGCACGAAGACAGCCAGGCUGUGAUGCCUCUGAAUGUAAUAGAAACCGAUACCUGUAGACUGUCUGUACUAAAUGGACAGUGCGAUGAUGUGCCCUCAUCAAACUGUUCACCGCUGAGAUAA